AUGGCUACGCGAUUUGUUCUAACGGUCGCGAUUUUUUAUCUCAUGAUAUGGGAUUGUUACGCCGUGUCCGGGGUAAUUUGGCAUAAGCAACAGCAGAAAUUCGUGCAGUUGUUCAGUAUCCCGGAAUUCGCCGCUCUUCAUCAAGAAAUUCUGGCUAAACACCGGGCAACAGAGAAGCCUGACAUGAGCGGAGAAGUGGUGAAAGCUGUGUAUUACGAGGAAAAAAAUAUAGUAAUGUUUUACGACAACGAUACGAAAGUUAACGGUGUUUGCGGCGACCUGUGGCAUGUUCUCGCGGAAUAUCUCAAUUUUACAUUCAUCCCGAUAAGAGUCACCAAUCGAAAUUUCGGUGAAAGACUGGAAAACGGUAGUCAGAAUGGUUUAGUUGGCAUGCUCGCGCGGAAUGAAGCGCAGGUAAUUAUGAGAAGUGGAUUCUAUCCGUCUCGCUUCGACAUCGUGGAUUUUACAACGCCUCUUUGGAGAAGCAGGUUUCACAUUUAUGUUCGACCGAAAUGGCAGUUCAAUAAUACAUGGGUAUUUACGUUAUUUUCGUGGCAAAUGUGGUUUUAUAUACUGUUUCUGUUCAUCAUCUUAAGUUGUGUCGGUUAUUUUCUGCAAAAAGUACCGACAGACAAGCCCAAACGCAAAAGAAAAGGCUCCGUGGAUUUCAGUCUAGGCGAUCAUUUUUUCUAUUCACUCGCCAUAAUGAGCACGCAAGGCUACGUACCCGACGCUUUUUACAACAAGUUCAAGAUCUUGUCGCUGUCGAAGAGUAUAUUCGCAUGGCUGAUAUUGUUAGCCUUUAGUUCACAACUCAUAUAUCGCAUGACAAAUAGAAAUUUGACGCUAGCAUUUAAGGAUGUAGAAUCUCUCAUUAACAAUACAAAAUACACCUUAUUGGCGUUCCGUAGCACCUUCCUCUACAAUUCUCUUAAUCAUAAAUAUCGAGGAUUGAUUG